AAUUAUUAUUGUCAAAAAAAUUGUCAUGUCUCACAGAAAAAAUCACAAAAAGUUUUAACUACAUAAGGGCCUAGGCCUGCAUUAAUCAUAUACAACAUUUUUUCUUGCAUUAUAUACAUUUUUACAAAAAAAAAUUACAUACUGCGGCAGGAAAAAUGGUUCGAAGAAAUAUUGGGCCUGGACCAGGCAAGUACCUACUACCGCCAGUAGUAGGCUACGAUCAACAUGAUUUCACAAAAUACAGGAAUCCUCAAUAUUCCAUGGGUGUCAAACUGCAAAGCCUUAGGAAACAACUUGGACCUGGUCCCAAGUAUCCAGUCGAACACAUGACUCGUUACGGAAAAGCUAGCCCACCUGCAUAUUCCAUAAAAUCUCGCCAAAAACCUCUUGUCCCAUUCCAAGUUCCCGGUCCUGGAACCUAUGCCCCAGAAAAAGCACCAAGAAUGAAAGAGCCUAGACCGCCAGCAUACUCAAUAUCACACAGAUUCCCUGGAUUCAGGCCCUACGUCACACCGGGUCCUGACAAAUAUGAAGUACCGUCCACUCUAGGACCAAAAGUACCUGACAAACACGCUAAUGCAGCUUACAGCAUGUCGUUCAGACAAAAAUUGAAUCUUAAAGAAAAAUCUCCAGGACCAGCACAAUACAAUAUGGCGAACACUGAUAGAUACAAAAAUAAAGCUCCAGACUAUAGUAUUUCGCCUAGAGUGUAUCCACCUCAAGGAAAAUCCCCAGCCCCGGGACCGAUUUAUUUGCCAAAACUUCCUCAGAAGCCUGGUUAUUCCUUUGGACUUAGAACUGACACUGAUCCUUAUGUAACUGCUGAAGAUGAUAUGCCAUGCAUUGACAGGGGCAAUAAAUGAUGAAAAAUAAAAAAAAUCGGAAUAAUUUUUUAAGGUAAAUUAAUAGGAAAAAUAAAAAGUGAUAU